AUAAGAAACACAGGUCCGUGCAGGCCCUAUCAUCAUCAAAUCGUCAUCAACAUGGCGGGCGUUCUGAGGUUGACCCGAUGGGUCGGAGGACUUCGUGGCUCUUUACUGCCUACACAAGGCAGUCAUCAUGUGCAACAAGGGCCAAGAUAUUCUUCAGCUCCCUCCACUGUCCUGAUCAACAAGAUCCUGAUCGCUAACCGCGGGGAGAUCGCGUGUCGCGUGAUGAGAACAGCCAGGAAGCUGGGCAUCAGGACUGUGGCAGUGUACAGCGAUGCUGACCAGGACUCCAUGCAUGUGGCUAUGGCAGAUGAGUCGUACAACAUCGGCCCUGCCCCUUCUCAGGAGAGCUACCUCAACAUGAAGAAAAUUAUGGCUGUAGCCAAGAAUACAGGAGCACAGUACUUCAAAACACAUCAUGUCUGCUGCCGGGGUGCCAAUCAUUGAGGGUUACCAUGGCGAGGACCAAUCAGUGGAGAGAUUGAAGGCUGAGGCAGAGAAGAUUGGUUACCCAGUUAUGGUGAAGGCUGUGAGGGGGGGAGGAGGGAAGGGCAUGAGAAUAGUGAUGACAGAAGCAGAGUUUGAAGAACAGCUGGAAUCAGCCAAGAGAGAAGCUCUGAAGUCAUUCAAUGAUGAAAUCAUGCUGGUGGAGAAGUUUGUGGACACUCCAAGACAUGUGGAGGUCCAGGUGUUUGGAGACCAGCACGGAAACGUGGUGUACCUGUUUGAGAGAGACUGCAGCGUUCAGAGGAGACAUCAGAAAAUCAUAGAGGAAGCUCCUGCACCUGGAUUGACAGAAGAAGUGAGAAGAAGACUGGGCGAGGCGGCGGUCCGAGCAGCCAAGGCUGUCAACUAUGUGGGAGCAGGAACUGUAGAGUUCAUCAUGGACAAGGACCAGAACUUCUAUUUCAUGGAGAUGAACACCCGGCUGCAGGUGGAACAUCCUGUUACAGAGAUGGUCACUCACACGGACCUGGUGGAGUGGCAGAUUAAGGCAGCAGCAGGUGAACCCCUGCCUGUCACUCAGGAGGAGAUCCAACUGACCGGCCACGCCUUCGAGGCCAGGAUCUACGCUGAGGAUCCCGCCAACAACUUCAUGCCGGGGGCGGGGCCGCUGGUUCACCUGGCAACCCCCGCGGCCGACGAUACCGUCAGAAUAGAGACUGGCGUCAGAGCAGGGGAUGAGGUGUCGGUACAUUAUGACCCGAUGAUCGCCAAACUGGUGGUAUGGGGACCAGACAGACCUGCAGCACUUAACAAACUCAAACACUGCCUCACACAGUACAAUAUUGUGGGCCUGGCCAACAAUGUGACCUUCCUGAGUCAGCUGUCUUCACACUCGGAGUUUGCGGCGGGGAACGUUCACACCGGGUUCAUCGACCUCCAUGAGUCCCAGCUGUUCCCCAAGAGCCAGCCCCUCCCCCACGAGCUGCUGUGUCAGGCAGCUCUCGCUCUACUACUUCUGGAGGAAGAUCAGAUGAGGCUAUCCUCUGUCAUGUCUCAAGAUCCAUUUUCUCCAUUUGCCAAUGCCACUGGGAGGAGACUAAACCACACGUUUACACGGAAGGUUGAUCUCAACGAUGGAGACAACAAAGUCCAGAUUCAUAUAUCCUAUGGUGGAGAGGAUACAUAUACAAUGCAGAUUGGAGGUCAUUCCUACGAAGUCUCAGGGUUCCUCCAGUCAGGAGGCAGUAUGGAGGAGCUGAGGUGUACCAUCGAUGGUUCCCGCUCCACCGCCAGAAUCGCUCUGCACGGGAACUCUCUCCAUAUCUUCUCAAUGGAUGGUCCCUGUGAGAUCCAGCUCCCCACACCCAAGUACCUGGAGAAGCUUCGGGGGAGGGGGGCGGGGUCCACAGGGGGGGCGGUGGCACCCAUGCCGGGGGUCAUAGAGAAGGUGUACGUGAAGGACGGGGACACGGUGGAGAAGGGAGACCCACUCAUGGUCAUGAUCGCCAUGAAAAUGGAGUAACACGUAUUUCUGAAUUUUGGUGCCUACAACAAGAGUUAAGAUAGGAUUAUGUAGGGUUCCAAGCAUAUGUAUGAUAACUUUGAGUUAAAUUAUUUUGAAAAGUAUACUGGAAUACACUUGACAGUUAACCAUGCAUUAGAUCUACAUGUCACAUCUUUUGUUCAUCUUUAACUAGAAGCUCUUCCUGUAUCAUUUUUAAACAGUCCACAAUAUGAAGCUGUCUUAUGAUUUUCAAUAAACACUGGUCUGUCAAAUCAUUCCCAUUUGUAUCAUGUUUGGAGUCAUUAUUUCACCUGUACAUGUAUAUAUCUGAUCAUGGUGGCAUGAGUGGUCUAGUGAUUAGAAAUUCUGCUUCUUGACCGUAAGGUGUGGGUUGAGUCUUUGUGUGUCAGAGAAUGUAUUAUUAUCAUGGUAAUUAUUUUGUUACAAUCUGUCCAUCAACCAAAGAUACUAUAGCAAACAGUGGUUGUAUAGUUCAUGCUUCAUAUAGAGAAAGAAGAAAAAAAGUAUUACUCUCUGUUGAUUUUCCGUACUAGAAUUGUUUUGUAUUGUGACAAUGUUACCAACAUCAAAUCUUGCAUGUAUGUAUGUUAGGUGGUACAUUGUACUUAUAAACUUAUGUUCUUUAGCUAA